GGGCCCCCCAACCCCGACCGGACGGUAUGUUGGGAGGAUGUAAAUUGGACCAUAAUCACAAUCUAACAGAUAGAAAGUGAGACUCUGUCCCCGAUAUUAGACUACGUUGACUUGCCAAACAUAAAGCACAAGAAAACUUCAUGGUGUGCAGUACUAAAUGUUCAACCAUAAUUUCCUGAUGAUCAACCAUAAAUGCUCAACGUGUAUGAAAAGCAGAUUCUUGAGAUUUAAUACCUUGCAGGUCAUAAACGUGCUCAACCGAUUUACAGGCCGGAUUAUUCCACCCAUAAAUAACCAUUGAGCUAUUUUUCUCCUCACAAAAUGGUUUCAAGAAAAGAGUAUGUAGUUGUUUUUCCAUUCAUGGCUGAAGGGCACAUUAUCCCAUUUCUAGCGUUGGCCCUCAAGCUAGAACAAGAAAGAAACUUUGCAAUAAGCUUCGUCAACACCCCUCGCAACAUCAACAAGCUCCGUUCGUCUCUCCCGCCGCACUCCGCCAUUCGCCUCCUCGAGAUCCCUUUCAACGGGGAGGAACAUGGCCUUCCACCAGGCGCCGAGAGCACGGAAUCCCUCCCCAUCCACCUCCACUUUCGCCUCAUCCAAUCGUCUCCGUCCCUAAAACCUGCAUUCCGGGAACUCCUCUCCGAACUCGUCUGUGAAUCGAACGGCAUCCCGCCGAUGUGUGUCAUCUCUGAUAUUUUUUUCCCUUGGUCGGCCGAUGUUGCUCACGAGUUCGGGUCAUCACAUGCAAUUUUCAAUGCCGGUUGCGGGUACGGCAUGGCCGUGUAUCAUACCGCGUGGCUCAACCUUCCGCACUUGAACGCCAAAUCCGAGGAAUGCCCACUUCCCGGAUUUCCAAAUGGCACGACAUUUUGCGUGACCAAAUUCCCGGAACGGCUAAGGCAAACCAAGGAGCCUUCCGAGUUUGCCCUAACGUUGUUCCGGGAAUGGUCAAAGACUGAUGCAAUGUUGUUCAAUACGAUUGAGGAAAUCGACCAAACGGGUAUGAAAUACUUCCGGGAUAAUUUUCCUUUCCCAGCUUUCCCGAUUGGUCCUAUUUUCUCGUACCAGCAAACAUCCGCCACUCUCGUGGCGGAUUCUAUGGUUUGCAUGGAUUGGCUUGACAAGAAACCGCCUAAAUCGGUUCUAUACAUAGCAUUUGGGUCACAAAGCACCCCUUCGAUAGCACAAAUGAAGGCGCUUGCCUCCGCGCUGGAGGCUAGCGAAGUCAACUUCCUAUGGGUGGCUCGACGCCCGUCGAGUUUUGCCGCGUUGUCACCAGAAAAUGAUCAAGAAUGGUUGCCUCGAGGGUUCGAGGAGAGGAUCAAGAGGAGUGGGAAAGGGAUGUUGGUGAAGAAAUGGGCCCCACAGAAGGAGAUUCUGGCCCACGGUUCGGUCGGGGCGUUUUUGAGUCACUGCGGUUGGAACUCUACCAUGGAAGCACUAGCCAAUGGGUUGCCAAUAUUGUCAUGGGCCAUGAGUGCCGAGCAGCCAUUCAAUGCAAAGAUGCUAGAGGAAGAAUUGAAGGUUUGUGUGGAGGUGGCUAAUGGGUCUGAUUCACAAGUCAACAGUGAGCAAAUAGUGGGUAAGAUCAAGAUGGUUAUGGAGGGCAAAGAAGGGGAAGAAAUGAGGAAGAGAGCUAGUGAGAUUAUGAAGAAGAUCAAGAACGCUACUUGUGAUGAUAAUGCCACAGCUCGAGGGUCUUCUGUUAAAGCCUUGGACGAGUUUUGUGUUUUUGCUUCUCAAAAGAGAAAUAUGUACUUAUAUUGCCCAAAUAAAAUAGACGACAAAAAAUGUAGACCUGAAUUAGAGGCAUCCGUUGUUCUAGUCUGAACCUACCAGUACUCACUACAAAAAUAAUGAUAUUGACAUGGAACUGAUGGAGUGUAACACGGGCCAUAACAUAUUUUUGGCAUAAUGUCGUGCCAAAUAGCCGGUAACAAAACGGCAUUGACAUGAAUUUGACGUAUCCGUGUCAAAUAUUCUAUGAAUUUUGAAAAAUUUCUGCCAAAGUUCCG